CCGCCCUAACUUUACUUUGCACUGAAGCAGACAGGACUGACAGGUCACUCUUUUGCAGAACAGAUUCUUGGGUCUGAUUGCUUGUUGGUUUGUGGACCUGAGAAAACAGAGUAUGUACAUAAUAUGAAUCCUAAUUGGUUUCACCACCAAGAAUAUCAAGAUGACAUUCUAUGGUACACAGGACAAGUGCAAGGCUUGUAACAAGACCGUUCAUUUCAUUGACCUCCUCACUGCCGAUAGCGUUCCCUACCACAAGUAUUGCUUCAAAUGCAGCCAUUGCAAAGGCACUCUUUCAAUGUGCAGCUACUCCUCCAUGGAUGGAGUUCUUUUCUGCAAGACUCAUUUUGAGCAGCUUUUCAAGGAAACAGGCACCUUCAAGAAAAACUUCCCCACAUGCACAAAGGCAAAUAAUGAGCAGUCUAAGGUCCCAAACAAGUACGGUUCUGUGUUCUGUGGAACUCAGGACAAGUGUGCUGCCUGCAAGAAGACUGUGUACCCAUUGGAGAAGAUGACCUUGGAGGGUGAGCCCUACCACAAGACCUGCUUCAAGUGCGCUCACGGCGGCUGCAUCCUGACGAACGCCUCCUACGCCUCCCUCAACGGGAUCCUGUACUGCCAGCACCACUUCUGGCAGCUGUUCAAGGAGACGGGCAGCUACAGCAACCUGCUCAAGCCUGCCUCGGCGAAGCAUGCCAACCAGCCAGAGGCGGCCAAGGAAGAGGAGCAGGCGGGCUCAUCCAAGGAAGAGGAGCAGGCGCCAGAAGCCGUCGAGGAUCAGGAGCACUCAUAAGAAACUACACACGUGAACAGUUACAAGAACCUACAUACAUGUUCGUUCCCCACGCUGAUGUUGCUCUUGUGUAUUGCUGCUGCUGCUGCCGCCCAUCUUUUUUCUUAUCUCACAGAGGCACGCAACGGCUGUUAUGCAUCUUAUCGCCUUGGCUAUCGCGAUCCUGAAUUUUGUACUCUAUCUCGUUAGCCGUGCCGCUGUCCCCUGAGUGAUAGCAGAAUUUGCACGA